GGAGGAGCUGGCGCGACUAAAAGCUUUGGCGCUGCAUUAGCUUGCUUGAACAGGCACAAGGACAACAUUUAAGGCAAGGCCUGAAGCUGGAGCGAAUGCGAGGACACUAACGGCAGUCCGCGGGCACCAGCCCGAAUCCAGCCUCGACUGUCGUAACGGAGCAAACGGACACUUUCUGCCCACCGAUUGAUUUGGUUUGAUUUGAUUGAUUGCAAUUCCACAUGCCAGAGUAGCUUCUGCCGCGGCCUGACUUGGGUUGCGAUGCAGGGCCAACAAUUGUGACGGCGCGACAUACAUUUACAUUCGUUUCAUCUCCUCGGCUAGAAAUCCAUCUAUCGCAUCAACUUCACAUCUACAUCACCAUCUCGACAGCCAGCGCCUGCGCUGUUGCGACACACACUGGAAGCUUCGACUCAGCUGCUACAUACUAUCAGCACUAACAACUAGCAAGCCAGCAAGCUACCUAGCAGUUACACAGCUCUUCUAGCAACCAUGGCGCUCAAUACAACGGGCAUCCCGCCGCUGCAGUUCACGGCCCUCGACGACAUCACGGCCCAGUACAACAAGGUCCGCGCCACCUUCAGGUCCGGUCGCACAAGAGACGUCGAGUAUCGCAAGCAGCAGAUCCGCCGCCUCUACUGGGCCAUCGUCGACAAUGCCAAGCUGAUUGAGCUGGCCCUCAACAAGGACAUGGGCAAGUCCAACUUCGAGGCCAACAUCUCCGAGAUCGACUGGUGCAAGCAAGAGUGUCUCGACGCCGUCGACAACCUGGACAAAUGGAUCAAGGACGAGGGCAUCCCCCACAUGCCCCUGCAGUUCUUGGCCAUGAAGCCGCGCAUCAGGAACGAGCCGCUGGGCGUCAUCCUCAACAUUGGCGCAUACAAUUUCCCCUUCCAGCUCAACGUCACGCCCCUCGUUGGUGCCAUUGCGGCGGGCAACACCUUUGUGCUUAAGCCGUCCGAGAUAUCGCCGCACUCGGCCAUGGUCUUGAAGAAGAUUAUGGACGAGGCGCUAGACCCCGAUUGCUACGUCUGCUUCAACGGCGGCAUCGAUGAGACGAAACAUAUCCUGGAGCACAAGUUUGACAAGAUUGUCUUCACCGGCGGCAAGCGGACCGGCACCAUCAUUGCCCAGAAGGCAGCCGAGACUCUGACGCCCGUGCUCCUCGAGCUGGGCGGCCAGAACCCUGCCUUUAUUACCCGAAAGGGCGAUCUCAAGAUUGCGGCCCGUCGUCUGAUGUGGCAAAAGUGCCUGAAUGCUGGCCAGGUGUGCCUCUCCCACAACUACGCGCUCGUCGAGCGAUGUGUCCUCAACAAGUUCAUCGAGGAGGUCAAGAAGCAAUACGCCGAAAUGAUGCCCCAGGGAGCAAAGGCAAGCCCCGACUUUUCCCGUAUCGUCAACCAGGGCCACUUCAACCGCAUCAAGAAGAUGCUAGACAACUCCAGAGGCAAGAUUGUCAUGGGCGGGUCCAUGGAUGAGACCGACUUUUUCAUCGAACCCACGGUUGUCUUAGUUGACGAUAUCAACGACAGCAUGGUGGUGGAGGAGAGCUUUGGCCCUAUCUGGUCCAUUGUUCCGUUUGAUACCCUGGACGAGGCCAUCAACAUUGCUAAUCAGGUUGACCCAACACCAUUGGCUUUGUUCGCCUUUGGCUCGGAUGCGGAAACCGAAAAAGUCAUCAACAGCGUGACGUCGGGAGGCGCCACCAUCAACGACGGCUUCUUCCACGCCAUGCUCAACCCAAGCCCCAUCGGUGGCAUUGGAUCCUCUGGCACGGGCAACUACCACGGCUACUUCUCCUUCAAGGCCUUUAGCCACCAACGUUCCAUCGCAAAGGUCCCAACUUGGGCGGAUAAGCUGCUGCGCGUGCGAUACAUGCCCUAUUCGGCCAGCGAGCUGAAGCGCCACCACCGCAUCUCCGAGAAGAAGCCCAACUUUGACCGCAACGGCCAGCUUGUCAAGGGCUUGAAGUACUGGUUCGCCGUGCUGCUGAGCUUGGGCUCCAAGAACGCGGCGAGCUUUGCUCUCAGGUGGGGGGUUCUUAUUGCUCUGGCUGUGACACUGGGUCUGAAACGCAACUCUUUAGGACUGUGAAUGAGGAUGAAGAGAAGACGAAUGAAGUGAAGAAAUAAAGUUGUGUCAAACGCAAUGUCUAUUGUGAGAUGGGUCUCUCUGGUAGCCCCUACGUUUUUCUCUGAUUUAGUAUUUUGCAAAAGCUUGAAAACUGAGAUACCGUGGUUUGUCAACUACCUUUAUGUAUUAUUAUAUAACACGCUUAUAACAUGCUUCGUUGGCUGCUUCAUACUAGAAAACAAACAAAUAAUUACAUGUCGGUAGUGACCAGGCAGCACCCCAGAUUCAGG